AUGCAGCGUAGUCGCCUCAUCUCUCGGUCGAGCGGCAGCUCCCUUUUUCAACGACGUCCAGCAUGUGAGCACAACGUCGCGCGCCUGGUGACGGGCGGACUCGGCCGCCGCUUCUUGGCCACCUCGCCUGCCGGUGACCAGGCGCCCGCGUUCGGUGUGCUGCAGGCGACCGAAGCCAAGUCCCACCUACCCGACUUUGACCUUUUGCUGGACGUACGAGAACCGGAUGAGUGGGCGGCCGGCGUCAUCGGGACCCCGAAGACCAUCACGCUCGGACGCGUCAUGAGGGAUGUGGCCACCGAUGAGCUGCAGAGCCUCAAGGGCAAGAAGCUGCUCGUCUACUGCCGCUCCGGCGCGCGGUCGGCUCUGGCAUGCGGAGUGCUGGCCAAGAACGGCUUCCAGGUGACCAACCUCGCCGGCGGCUUCCGUGGCUGGCGGGAGGCCAACAGCAGCAGCAGCGACGCGCCCCCGAACAAGGCCUAG